AUGAUCCCGCCCUCGCCAGGCUUUCCAGUAUCGCAGACUCUUGUCGCUACUCCGAAACCGUCUGCUCGUCUCCGAGCUCCACCUGCCAACCGCACGCACAGCCAGAGAUCAGGUGUCAAGAAGGUCGCGCCUAAGAAGGCAAAGACCAAGACCGCUGUUGUCAAGAUCCAGAACGCUGUGGCAGAUGACAGGAAGGCCACAGGUUUUAUGGAUCUGCCCGGAGAGAUUCGCAACUUGAUCUACGGCUGCAUGUCUCAAAGCUCGCGACAAGCCCUCCUCGUCCAUCGACCCCGCAUUGCCUCUCUUCGCUCCUCCACACGCCUCGACCGCCAGCGCACGUUGCCGUCUGACAUCACGGACAAGAAGAACGACGAUGCUGUGCCUGCUGCCAGCCGCCGUGGUCACGUUCGCGCCAGCAAGAGCAAGGCUCAGCCUGCCCUACUGGUGCGCGAGAACAAUCGACCGUUCUUCGGCUUAACCCAAGUGAGCCGUCUCCUUCGUCAGGAGUUCCGUCCGCUGUACAUGCUGAGGCAGGAGAUCGGCAUGGACCUGGUGGAGGUGGUCAAGUACCUCCAGACCUUCUAUUCGGAAGCGCCUGCCUUGCUGGAGUGUCUCCCCACGUCCAAGGACCGCAAGAUCGACAUGCCGUUCACAGGCAACCUCACGAUUGCCGUGGGCGAGAAGAUCAAGGACGUCGAGAAAUCUGCGGAGGGAGUCGAUGUGUGGCCGCUGCUCGACCUUUGGGCAAACUCGUACAAGAUCGAGGCUGGGUUCGGCCGCUACAUGCAAGUCGAAUACAACGCGACCGGCGACGGAGAAGCCAAGGAUCUCUACCGUCUCUUUGGUCGCCGCGUGCAGCCCGACCGCCGCUGCUCUACUAUGAAUACGACGUGGCGGACGAUCCUGCGCGCUCGCUCUCUGGCCUCUGUCAAGAUUCAUCGCAGGCCUGCGUCACACUCCUUGACUUUCCCAAGCAUGUCAACUCGACUCCUUGCUCUCACUGCUCCUGGCCCUCGACCUUGGAUCCACAUCUUCUUCCGUCGCGAGGCCGCCGAAGCUUGGAUGACAGAGGAGGUACCUGUGAUUCCGGAUGGCUGGCUGAGGGCGCGUGGGUUCAGCAGCAUGGAACACUUUGACGUCAAGGUUGGUGUUGCGCCCGCCUCUUCUCUGUAG